GGAAAAAACAUUUUGUUAUUAUUUUCUAUAUUAUUUUUCCAUUAUUAAUUCCCAUAAUUAUUAUUAUUAUCUAUCAACACCUAAAUGAAACGCUUUAUUCCCCCAUACACUCAGAUAUGCUGAUCUACAAACAAAAAAAAAGAGCAACAUUAUUGGUGAAGUCUGCUUCUUUUUCCGGCCAAUAAGGCGCGAAGUAAUUCUUCGCAAGUCAGACAGCGUUGCCAUCACUGAGGUGUUUAACAUCAGCCGCACGUGGAUCAGCCUGUCUCCUCAAACUUCUGCUAGAUCUUUUAUAUGGUAGAAGGCAAUGGCAGAAAAACCAAUUUGGGAACAAAUCGGCGCGGGUUUCGUGCAACAUUACUAUCAGCAAUUCGAUUCAGACCGCCUGAAGCUCUCCGACCUCUAUACCGAUGCGUCCUGCUUAACAUGGGAAGGGGAGGGAUUUCAAGGGAAGACUGCAAUAAUGAACAAACUAAACAGCCUCCCCUUUCAGACCAUUCAACACAGCAUCACUGCACAAGAUCACCACCCCACUCCAGACAGUUGUGUUAUGAGUAUGGUCAUGGGCCAGCUUAAAGCAGAUCAAGAUCAAGUUAUGGGCUUUCAACAAGUCUUUUUGCUGAAGAAUGUAGAUAAUAAAUGGAUCUGUACGAAUGACAUGUUCAGAUUAGCUCUUCAUAACUUUGGUGCAUAGUGUAAACUCUAGUUUAGGUAUUAAACGUUCAUGCAGCAUUUGUUUCUGUGGUAGUAACACGUUUGACAUUCAGAAGUGGAUUUCUCCUACUUUCCAACAGCCGUCCACAUCCCUGAUAAUCUCCAGAUAGAAACAAUACAUGUUAAAAACAGCUGGUUAUAAUUGUGAUAUGUUGUAACAUGUACUUUGUUAAUGACUGAACAAUGAUAAUAAAUUUGAUAGUCAUUGUCUAGUCAAGGUAUUUAUUGCUUUUUAGCCAUUAAAUAAAUAUAUGUUUGAAGGCUUUGCAUGGCUUUACUAAAGAAAACACAUUAUACAUUCUUGUAUAUUGACAACAAGGGUAAAACAUACCCUACAGGUCAUUAAGUAUACAAACCACUUGUUUGAACUUAAAGAGAAAUGGGGUUAAGAUGUCCUGUUAACCAAAAAUGUGCUUAUACCCCCUUUUAAAAGGUGCUACUGUACACAGUUCCAUUGUUUAACCAUUUUUGACUAUAUGGUUGCAUAAAUAAACUUUAC